AUGGCAAAAAUGCUAACUCUUCGUUUAGACCAAGAAAAACACUUCAAAUCAGAGCUAAAUUGUCUGAAGGUGAAAAGGGAGCUGAGUAAAACAUCGAAACUACUCAAUCUUAGUCCGUUUUUCGACAAGAAUUACGAUCUACUAAGAGUUGGAGGCAGACUUUCACUAUCGAACUACCCAACAGACAAGAAGUUUCCAAUACUCGUUUCGGAAAAAUCUGAUUUAGUAUCCCUACUUAUACGCAAAUAUCAUGAAGAUACUCUUCAUGGCGGGGGGCAAUUAGUACUGAACACAAUGAGAGAGGAAAUUUGGAUAAUCGGAGGCCGUGAUCUAGUUCGACAGUUCAUUAGAAGAUGCAUGAGAUGUGUCCGAUUUAGUCAGCAACCUACUUCUCAAUUCAUGGCUAAUCUUCCUACAGAAAGAAUAAUGACCGCAAAACCAUUUGCUCAAUGUGGAAUAGACUUUGCUGGUCCCUUUGAAAUUAAGGAAGCAGAUGUCUCAAAAAUUUAUGUUGCCAUCUUUGUUUGUCUCGCGACAAAAGCUAUUCAUUUGGAAAUGGUUACUCGUCUAACCGAAGAAGCAUACAUCCUUCCAUUGAAACGAUUUACUGCACGCCGUGGUAAACCUGAGAAGAUCUUAAGUGACAAUGGAAGCGAUUUUAUCGGGGCUCGAAAUGAUCUGAUCAAAAUCAAGGAACUGCUCGACAAAAAUGGAACGGACAAAUCAGUUGUUAGUUUCGUCAACAGCCAACGAACUGAAUGGGUCACCAUCCCUCCACGUGCUCCUCACUUCGGAGGACUCUGUGAAGCAGCUGUAGAAAGUAUGAAGAGACAUAUGCGAAAAGUUAUUGGACUGCAACGUCUCAGUUUUGCAGAAUUUCUUACAAUUCUUAAUCAAAUUGAAGCUGUCUUAAACUCACGACCAUUGUAUCCAAUGUCAAGUGAUCCUAAGGACCCAACUCCGCUGACACCCGCUCAUUUUCUGAUAGGGGAAUCAUUGCUAACUCUUCCCUCUGCUGACAUCCAAGUUUCAACCAAUGUACGAUAUCGACUAUUACAGAAUAUGAUCAAGGAUUUCUGGAAAGUUUGGAAAAGGGAUUACCUCAUAACGCUACAAAUACGGAAAAAAUGGUUCACGGAUGGCCCAGAAUUUAAAGUUGGCAACCUAGUCCUACUUGCCGAAGACAAUGAACGACCGCUAGAAUGGAAAACUGGACGAAUCAUAGAAGUUUAUCCUGGAAAUGACUUGAUUGUUCGAGUGGUAAAAGUGAAGACCACAACUGGUGAAUACAUACGCCCAGUCGCGAAGCUGCGGAAGCUACCAGUAUAG